AUGGCAGCUCCGUCUCUGACUCUCCUCAUCGCCAUUCUCUCUCUACUCAUCGUUUCACUCCCGAGAUCUGAAUCUCUCCCCGAACACCCAUCCAUGAUUCUUCUAGGUGACGGAUUAGACUGGCCGAUCUCUCACGGCGACGCAUUCGACAUCGACGGAGAAGAAAGCAGCUUCGACGGCGAACCGGAAGAAGACGAAUUGGAGUUGGACGGCGCGGAUCGACGGUCGUUGUACUGGCAGAGGAAGACAUACUACAUAUCGUACGGUGCAUUGUCGGCGAAUCGAGUCCCGUGUCCUCCCAGAUCUGGAAGAUCUUACUACACUCAUAAUUGCUUCCGAGCCAGAGGUCCGGUGCAUCCCUACAGCCGUGGCUGCUCGUCCAUCACUCGAUGCCGGAGAUCUGCUUAA